AUGGCCCAGAUCCUGAGAGACCAUUUUAAAAUGCCAAAGAAACACAGGGGGCGUCACACCCAAGAGGAGGACAAAGAGAAGGCACCACAGCAGACCUUGCCGGAACAGUCGCAGCCCGAAGCUUGGCCAGCAUCCCCGCCCAAGGCUUCAACCAGGUUCCCUCCCAGGUCUAAUGCCUACCUGAUUAUAGGGUUGCAAAAUGAGCUGACCAAAUGUGGGAUCUUGAAGAACAUGAGCGACUUCGAGGAUUUCUGGAAACUGGUUCAGGAGGAAGCUCUUGGCUUGGGAACUAAAGAAAAGCUCCAGAAGAUAAAAUUUAAGUUGAUGAAUCCCAGGCCCUGGCCAUCAGCUGCUUCCAGGAGAAGGGAGACCAAGAUGCUGGUCAGCACCGAUCAAGACAGUGGGCCAUGCCAGGGGACACAGGACCAUCCAGGGAGGGCACAGGAAGCUGUGGAGGAUGGCCCAGAGAAGGAGAGAAAAAAACAGGGCUCGAACCUACCUGGCUCGGAUCCACUCAAGCAUCCAGGGGACACAGCGAGUCUUCUCGCUCGGCUCACGGAAUGGAGAAAAAGGUGCCAAGAGCACGGAGCUGCCCAGAGGCUGCAUCCAGGACCUGAGGAGAGCAAGACUAUGUGUAAGACAAGGACAGAUUCCCAAAGCAAGAUGUAUCUUAGCCGGCUGUAUCAGAUGUAUUUCACCUCCCUCGCUAACAUGGAAUUCUCCAGAAGACUGCUGGAGAGAGAUGGCCGCUUUGCAGACAUGGAUGCUGAGCACAGGGCCAGAAGCCUGCUGGAUUACAUGGUCCCAAGAGGUCAUCCACAGACAGAUGUUCCACCAAGAGAACCAGGGGAGGAGGACUCCCCAGACCCUGGGCAGCAGCCUCGAGCAGGACCUGCCCUCCGAUUUCUGAAGUGCCAGAGCCCAGAAAGCCCACAGCAACGUCCCCACCUGAAGACAGGAAGACACCGGAUGACCCUGUGUGGCAUGAGCAAGCUUUCCAAACACGAGAGGGGCACACUUGCUCCUGCCAGGGGGACCCCAGAUCCCAGACCUACAGCACCCCUGACCCUUGCACACGUGAUCCAGACCCAUCCUGUGGUAGAGGCCAAGACAGCAAGUCGAUACUGGGUGAACUAUGUGGAUGAAGAAUAA